AUGGAAAUGGAAGGGUUCUGGUUGCCCAGCCCUGGGCGAUUCCCUCAGGCCAUGAUGAAAGGGCACUGUGAUGGGCUUUCUGCGUCACUUCUGGAGGGUCCUGUCUCUGCUGCUCUGAGAACCUAUGAGAGGUGGGGCUCCUCAGGGUGCUCCCUGCAGCUGAGACGAUGUCGAGCCUCAGAGCUCCCCUUUGAGAGCAGGGAGCCAGUGAAAGGCUACCUUGCUGGUGUUCCCAGCCAUGUCCGCUGCCUGUCGUGUGGGCCCCACACUGUGGCAGGCUCUGUUCUGAGUGCCAAGAAUACGGGGCAGCAGAAUCACGGCGGCGCUCUCACAGAGCGCAGGACCUCAGUGCUCAUGCUUUCCUGUGCUUCCUCCCCCAGCAACCCAAAGGUUCAGGUGGAGGCCAUUGAAGGGGGAGCCCUGCAGAAGCUGCUGGUCAUCCUGGCCACGGAGCAGCCUCUUACUGCAAAGAAGAAGGUCCUGUUUGCACUGUGCUCCCUGCUGCGUCACUUCCCCUAUGCCCAGCAGCAGUUCCUGAAGCUGGGGGGCCUGCAGGUCCUGAGGAGUCUGGUCCAGGAGAAGGGUACCCAGGUGCUGGCUGUGCGUGUGGUCACUCUGCUCUAUGACCUGGUCACAGAGAAGAUGUUUGCUGAACAGGAGGCCGAGCUGACCCAGGAUACGACCCCAGAGAAGCUGCAGCAGUAUCGCCAGGUGCACCUCCUGCCAGGCCUGCGGGAGCAGGGCUGGUGCGAGAUCACAGCCCACCUCCUGUCGCUGCCUGAGCAUGAUGCCCGUGAAAAGGUGCUGCAGACUCUGGGUGCCCUUUUGGCCACCUGCCGGGACCACUACCGUCAGGACCCACAGCUCAGCAAGGUGCUGACCAACCUGCAGGCUGAGUACCAGGCACUGGCCACCCUGGAGCUACAGGCUGGUGAAGACGAAGGCUACUUCCGGGAGCUGCUGGGCUCUAUCAACAGCUUGCUGAAGGAGCUGAGAUGAGGCUGUCCGCCUACACCAGGACUGACUGGGACGCUGCUGCUGAGGCAGAGGGCACCAGCUUGGGUGGGCUCUUCAGGGGACAUCAGGCAGGAGGAGACACUUCCUGACUGGGGCCUGGCAUUAUCUGGGUGGCACCGAACUGGCCAUUAAACAAAGACAUGAAGGCCA